AUGGAUGCCAAGAACGAAGAAGUGCAAUCCCUGACGGAUACGUCAACGCCGAUCGAAAAUCAUAAUCGCAACAAAAUUCGUAGGAGAAAUGUAGCGAAUGAAUCGGCAAUCAAGGAGGACAAUUUGUGCGAUCGUGUGCCUCUCGUGAUUUUGCCUGAUUCCACGAAAGCGUGGUAUGACGGUGUUGCGCCGCGGAUACCCGAUGUCAUCGACGAUGCGGCUACGUCGGGUAAACAGCAGAACGGAGUAGUGCUGACUCACGAGGAUGAUCAUGAAUCGGAUGACAACACUUCGACGGAUCCCCUUACUAAUCGAGAGAGGAUGAAAAUGAACGUUAUUCGCGGUACCAUCGCCAACCCGGAUCUAACUUUAGGAGAGCUAAGACUACUUGGUUGCAGUAGCGAAGGCUUCGUUAAUGAUGAUAUACGAAGGAUACUGUGGCCAAAACUUUUGAGACUAGUACAAGAGGAAUUUAUACCUAUUUAUGGAUUAGAAACUAUACAUACUCGUAUACCAAAUGAAGUCUAUCAACAGAUAUUGAAGGAUGUAGCACGUAGCGGUAGUCAUAUUUCUCAAAAUGCAACAGAAAAAGAGACAGAGAGUUUUCAAGAACAAUUGACACAGCUUAUGUGCUGGGUACUUCAUAGGCAUUCCGAAUUAAAUUACUACCAGGGAUAUAAUGAUGUAGCAGCAACUGUAUUACUUGUAAUGGGCUUACCAGCAGGCUUAUAUGUUCUUGAAAGUAUAUCGUUAGAGUUUUUGGAAAGAUUUAUGGAAAAGACUAUGGAAAAAGUAAAUCAAGAAUUAUUUUACAUAUUUGCAUUAUUGGAACGAGUGCAUCCAACGCUCCUGGAACAUUUAGAGAAUGUAGAACUGUUUCCACACUUUGCUUUGGCUGAGUACACAACAUGGUAUGCACACAAAUAUGCAGAAAAUAGGACAUUAUUACAUAGAUUAUUUGAUUAUUUUCUGGGCAGUCCUCCACUCAUGCCUCUUUAUUUGAGUACAGUUAUUGUUGCACAUAGAGCUACCGAAAUUUUCAACACUACACCUGAUAUGGGACACACACAUAAGAUAUUAUGUACGUUACCUGAUGACUUGCCAUUUGAAACACUUUUAGUAGAAGCAAAAGAUUUAUAUCGAAAAUAUCCUCCUGAAUCUAUCAGUAAUGACGUCAAAGAUUAUGAUCAUAAAAGGAAAAUUAAAGAGCAAGAGUGGAAAACAAAGGCAGAAGCAAGCCGUAAAGAAAGAGAAAGGAAACGAAAAUUAAAAAUUGUCCAGACAACAUCAAGAAUAUCUUAUCGCAUCAGAAGUUAUAAAACUAUCACUGUUGUGACUAUUUUAGCUUUGGGAAUAUAUGCCUUUAUAAGAUCUUCGACAGGGCUUAACUGACAUUAAGAGAUAUUAUUUGUUGUAAAAAGCUUUCACAAGAAUUUUUUCACAUUUUUUAAAGCAGAGACUCUCUACUUCUUUGAUAAAUCAGGAAAUAAAAAUUGAUUGUGAGAUUGAAAAAAGAUAUUAAGAUAUAAAUAAAUGGUCAAAGGAAUAGCAAGAAAUUAUGUAUUAGGAGAACAAUUACAAGAGGUUUAAUUGUCAAUAUUUGAGCAAAUCUGUUUUAGGAUAUAUGAAUGAAUCAGAUUUUUAUGCAUUCCUAUGCUGCCUUUAUACUGUGUUCUUUGGAGAUUGACCUAAACUUUUCGCAUACAUAUGUUAAAAAAAAAUCGUAAAUAUGUAAAAACUUGAAAAGGAAAAAAAAUAGAGAGCACACUAUUCCAAAUAUUUAAAAUUAUUAAAAGUACGAAUGUGUGUAAAAUAAGAGUUGCAUUCGAAAUUUACUUUUUAGAAUAAAAUUGUGUUUGACUAAUCAGGACAUAAAAAAAUUUCUUUGUUUAGAUAAUCAAACUAUUUUAUUCUAAAGAGUCAAUUUUGGAAUGCAAUUUAGAUAUUUAGGAAAACUU